AUGUUUGGUGCCUGGGCUGUGGACUGGUUUCUAACUGAGACGGUUCAUGGGGGACGAGCUGAGUCAGUAAGCACGAUCCGUAACCAGCGUUACCAUAUCCAUGCCAACCUCUCGUUUGCUAUUCUUGUGGCUCAGGUUCUUCUUCUGAUCAGCUUCCGCUUUGUACCGGGCACGCUCCCGUGCAAGGUCCUUGCAAUCCUCCUCCAUUUCUUCUUCCUCAGUGUCUUCUCCUGGAUGUUGGUUGAAGGUCUCCACCUCUACAGCAUGGUCAUCAAAGUAUUCGGUUCCGAGGAGAGUAAACACUUCUACUAUUAUGGGAUAGGCUGGGGCUCACCCUUGGUGAUUUGCAUUGUGUCUGUCACCUCAGCAUUUGGCAGCUAUGGAAAUGCAGACAAUUGUUGGCUGUCGAUUGAAAGGGGAGCAAUCUGGGCGUUUGUGGCCCCAGCACUGUUUGUGGUUGUGGUGAACGUUGGCAUUCUCAUCGCAGUGACCAGGAUCAUUUCAAGAAUCAGUGCAGACAAUUACAAGAUACACAGAGAUGCAAAUGCAUUCAAGUUGACAGCCAAAGCAGUGGCAGUAUUGCUCCCAAUCUUGGGGAUAUCUUGGGCAUGUGGAGUACUGACUGUCAAUAACUAUGCCAUCGUCUUCCAAUACAUCUUUGCAUUAUUCAACUCUUUCCAGGGGUUUUUCAUCUUCCUCUUUCAUUGUCUCCUGAAUUCAGAGGUCAGAGCCGCUCUCAAACACAAGACAAAGGUCUGGUCCCUCAAUAGCAGCUCCAUGCGUAAUGUCAACGUGAAACCUUUCAAUUCAGACAUCAUGAAUGGAAAUCGAGCGAUCACCACCCCCACAAAACUGAACACCUGGGAGAAGAGUACCGAGUUUGCGAAUCGAAUGGAUCUGUCGGCAGUGUGACCACCGCACUCCUGCCUCGACCAACCAACAACAGACCCAGUCUCCAGUCUCAUCACUGCUCCUCUCCGAAUACUGAACCACACUCACCCAUCCAGGCUACAGCCAGAAAGGAAGGAACUGUUGACUCAACUCACUUUUAUAAAACGCAAAGAGAAGGAACUGCAAACGUGAGAUAUUUAUUAUACCGGACACAGGGGGAGGGGGUGGUGGGGAUGUAGGUUAGUGUUUCUCGGGAAGGUAAAACUCAUUCAGGAAAGUAAGAUGAAUUUAGCAGUUGUCCUGAAAGCCCUUUCCCUGAUGGGGAGGGGUGCCAUCUGUACCCACCUGAUACUUAAUGUGACUAUAUGUGUAUGGUUUUACUCCUUUUGUGUAGGGGAUCAUUUUGUGAAUUCUUAAGUAAUUAUGACAAGCACACAUAAAUGUGUACUGCGAUUUUAAACUAACUACUUUGAGUGUAAAAUGAUAAUUGUCCCUCCUUAAAAGCAUGCAUAGUGGGUGUAGGAGGAAUUACAAAAAUCUAUGUGUUUUUGGCAAGAAUUUUAUAUAUUGUUUUAUUGUGACACAGGUUUAAGACUGAAGUAUGUUUCCUUCUGUAUAUUUUUCUGAUAUCUGUAGUUUUUUUUUCUGUGUUAAGAGGCAAAGCUUUCUCCACAACAGGUUUCCAUUUUCCAAACCCAGUCUUAUUCUUUAGUAUCUCCCUUGAGGUUAAAAUCCACUUGGACUAAUCGUUACUGGAGGUUGUUUUAGAACCAGUUGAUAGAUCUGAUGCUGGGAUGCUCUGGUGGUUUGGUAAGUUUAAUGAGACUGGAACUGAGCCAUGUGUCCUAAGCAUUAAGGCCCAGCAGCAAAGCCAGGCAGAGAUUGUAUAUCCUGCCAACUUGGGGAGGUGGUGUAGGUUUUGGGGGGAGUACUGUUGGUGUUAACGGGCCCUCAAAGUCAAUACCAGCUAGCAGUUCCUGACCCAGUCAUUGUCCUGUAGCUCCAGCUAGGGGUCAGGUUUGGAAGGUCAGUAAACUCCUGCAGUGAGGGACCAUCCCAAGAGCCAAGAUUGAGGAGAAUGGACCAAUCUACUCUGGUGUUUUUGGAAAAUGAGAAGUGACCUGAUUGAAGCAAACAGGAUGCUUCCAACACUUGACGUGGUGUUUACUGUGAGGUUAGUUCCCCUGGUCAAGAGCUGAAUGGCAGGAGGACAGACAUAGCCCCAAAAAUAAUCAUCGGCCAUUUAGGACUGAGAUGUUGAGAAACUCCUUCACUCAUUGGGUGUGGAUCUUUGGAAUACAUCACCCCACAGGACGGGGAUGGUUAGUUAGUUAGUAACAGAGGAUGGUUAGUAAAUGAGUCAAGUCUGAGCUCGGAUUUGAGGAUAAUGGGGCUACAGCAGGGAACUGGAGUUGAUGUCAAUCAUUGAUGAUUUUAUUGAAUUGAGGGGCAGGCUCCAUGACCUGUAUCUUACACAUGUUAGCAUUACCCCAGGGUUGGAAGUAGAGGGGAGGGGGUGGAAGCCGCAGGGGGUCAGCAGGUUGCUGAAUGCAAGGGGUUCAAAUCUCUGUCCUUCCCCAAACCUAGACUCACCCACACACUCUGAGGAUCAUGGGACAAGUGACAAAGUAGAGUAGCAAAGAACUGAAGAGAGUGGUUAUUUCUCUUUAAAUGUAUUUCUUCUGUUUUUGUUCAGAGUCGGUGCCUGCAGUGCAUGAUGAUGUCACAUCCCUGUUAGAAUGUGUUAACCUUCUCUGAUGGAUAGGGAUGUAAUUAUUUAGCUGUAACUGUAGAAAUCUAACUGUUUUGUCAUGAGAAAAGCUUUUGAGUUGGAGUGUGCUUUGUGAAGAUAUCAUACUGGACCUGUGGCUGGUGAAUAAGUGUCUGUCACAAACAUAAAUGAAAUAUUUCUCUUUG